AUGCUGUUCUUCGUUGAGUUAUGGGAAUCUGUGUUUAAAGCAGGGAUGACACCUGCAUUGGUUACAGCUACUCAUGCACUGUUUUGCCUGCUUUUGGCAUUAUUGGCAACAAUGGCGGUGUUCACCAAGUCUAUUCACUUUUUCAACUUAUUUGUGAUAGCUGUUUUUCUAUAUGGAUUGGUUAUUUGGUUCAUGAAGGAAUUGGAAGCCAUUAAAUUGAAGAACAAUGAAGAGUUAUCAGAAUCGAAGCUGGCUUCUACUGAUGAGAGGGCCAGUGUUUCUACAAGUGCUACUAAAGCCGUACGAAAUGCUCCUGCGAGAAAACGGAAAGUAUAA